GGGGGAUGAUUUUUAGAAGAUGCGGAGGAUUCAGAGUAUUCCCAGCGAAGACGAAAAGCUUUCCGGUCGGUGUGUGUGAGCUUUUAUCUUCCGAUAUGGACAAGAUUGUAGUCAUGGUCAUUUUUUUCUCAUGUCUGUCGAUGGCUACACCGGCAAAAGAGUGGAAAAACUUCGAAAACGGUAAAGUUUACAGUCGAAAAUUGACAAAUGAUAAUGCCGAAGUCGACAACCAUGAAGUUCCAAAUAGUCCUAGAGUAGAAGAACGACUCCUUCACAGCCAUCACAAGGACAAGAAUCGAAAGUUGAACGCGGAGCAGUCCAAACCCUCUAAGAUGAAAAACACUGAAAGACAUCACAAGAAAAGUGUUGAAGAAGAAAUGCAUCUGAGGCCCCUCAAUGAGCGACACCACAAAUUUCCCAACCCUGCCUUGCUGGAUGGCUCUUUUGAAAACUCCAAAAUCAGCAGGCACACUUUCCUUCAACAAGUCAGGCGUAAACAGAAUAGGAGAAGGCCGAGAGGUGGCAAACGCUUGAAGAGAAAUAAAACUGAUCGGAACGAUAUGAACAACAAUUUGGAUUUCUCGAAAAAUACAAAUGAAAACGAACUGAAUCCGGAAGAAAAGAAACAAACGGAAAAACCUGUCACCUCUAAAACUGAUUACGUUCCGUACACAAUGGCCAGAAAGGAAAUAUUUCCCGUAAAGCAGACAUCAUACUGGUAAAAAUGUGUAGGUUGAAAUUAAUUAAUAACAAAAGCAAAUGACAAACAAAAAAAUGCGUUAUAUGCUAAGAAAAAUAAGAAUUCUUUUAUAUUCAAUCAAGCUAUAAAAUUAAAUAGGUUACGAAGUGCGAAAAUGAAAUAAUAAGGGACUCUUUACGAAUAGAAUAAUUUUCCCAUCCUCCACACUUUUCAGCUUUAUGUUGCCAUGGUCUCGACAAAUCUUGCUUUUCUUCCUAAGCCAGUACGUUUCUUAUUAAAUUAGAAAAUACUUUCAAGGUUGAAACCAAAAAUUUGGCGAAACCAUGGCAACGGAGAGAGAAGUGUGGAAAGUGGGGAAAUCGAGUUACCUGGCGACGUCUGUUCCAUUUCUAAAGAAUGCAAUAUGGUAACAAUGUAGUAAAGACUUGGUGUUCGAUUUGAAGUUGGUUAGUUUAGUGGGGAUAUAACUUUGCACUGCUUUUAAGAUUCAUUUAAUAACAAUUUAAAUAUUAGUUUUCCUUUUUUAUUAUAUAUACAAAUCUGUACUAAAAUAACCUGACUAAAGCUACGUAGAAUUCCAGAAAGAAGGAAUUUCUACGUAAAAUAAAAAUAUUUUUUUGAAAAACUUGGCUAUUAUUAAGAAUUUUUAUUUUAUAACAGUCAUUGAACAACCUACCCAAUUUUGGGUUUACGACUACCAAUGUUCAUCUCCGUAGUCUUGUCAUUUUGAACCUAAUCCAGAAGACAAGGGAACUCCUGGAUCAAGUAUUGAGAGAAAUUUGCCUUCGUGGAGGAAUUUUUAAUGGAGCUAACCCGCAUUUGCGUUUUAUGGAGAAAAACUCCCACGGCUAGCCUGGAGGCAAGGGGACUUUAACCCAUGAUCCGUCUACCACUGAGGAUAUUAUGCAUCAGCACUGCGCUCGGUGCGAACCAGAUGCGGAAUUCGUAUCUAUCAGCCAUCGCUGGGAUUCGAACACGGUACACCUCAUUGGAAGGCGAACGAUCUAUCCCCUGAGCCACCACGGCUCUCUUAGAA